AUGACAAAAGAAACGCGGCCCGAAAUAUCUCCAUAUGCAGUGCCUACUAUUGCAUUAUAUUUCCAAGGCGGCAGCACACUUUAUGUUCCGCCCCAUUUACUCGCCCAGAGUCAUAGGCUGGGGUCUAUGGUUUUACAACAAGGCACACUGCAAUUUACGGAUGUUUCUGCAGAUGCCGGCCACGUCCUCGUGCAUUACCUUUUCACGGGUACCUAUCAGAGUCUUAAGCCCAAAAGGUCGUCUGCUCAAGAUUGCUUGGCGGCCGAAUUCCUUACAAGCGUUCGCGUUUAUAACGUCGCCCAGACUUACACACUUCCACCUCUUGUGGAACUCGCCAAGAAUGAGAUGCAGAAACUGGGCAAAAACCUUCCAACUGCGUUAAUAUUUGACUUGGUUAAAGACGCACAUUUGGGUCUAAAAACCGACGAUACAUGGUUCAGUAGCUACCUGAAGGCACAGCUGAGGCUUUUCCUCGAGAGCCCUCUGAAGCCACCUGCAGGGAACAAAGCCGAGGAUCAAGCGACCAUAUCAAUCAGCGACCUCUUAUUCAAGAGUAUGUUCGAACUAUAUCACGAAAAUAUAGCCUCACUACGUGAGACGCAGAGCCAUGCUUUUGGGCAAGCAUCGACAAAUACAAAAAAACGGGCGGACGAGCAAGCUACUAAAGAAGUUGAAGAGGCAACUUGUGAAGCUGAAACGAAGACCCGCGAACCAGGGGAACAGACAGUUGCUCCUACUGCUCCUACUGCUCCUACUGCUCCUACUACUCCUGCUGCUCCUGCUGCUCCUGCUGUUGCUGCGGAGGAGGAGGAGGAGUUAGCCAUGCUAGAGUCAAAGAAAGCCAAAAAAGGCAAGUUACCCAGAAAAGAGGAGGCUAGGCGUCUUGAACUCCGAGAAAAUGCAAAAAUGAGAGCAAAAGAGAAGGUAGCCCAAGAAGCGGAACAAGCUGCUGCCAAGGAGGCAGAGGCCCAGGCCGUUCUGGAAGAUAAAGAGGCUGUUAAAGAAGCAACAGAGAGGGCUAACCAGAAGGAUAUUGAGGCGAAAGUAACUGCCGAGAUUGCUGAAGAAGAACGUGAAAUAGCCCGGCUGCUUGAUAAGAAGCAUAAUUCGUUCAUGGGCUUGUCAAGUAAAUUGGAGAAGAGGUUAAGUCAGCUCCAGGCUAAGACGAUGAAACGAGCUGAGAAACAAGGCACAUGCGAAUCAGAGUAUCUUACUCAAGAAUCAAGAAAAGAGACUGCCGCCAUUGCACAUCCCGAAACGGCACACGAGCUUUAUAAACAGCCUGUAGAGGAUGAAGAUUUGACAGAAGUUAAGAUGAUUCAAAAAGAUAGCGCACUCGAUGUGGGUUCUUAUGGUUCUUGGGGGAUAGGGGAAGCAGAUGCAAUAAAGGACGAUGAUAUUCACGUCGAAGCUCAGGCUGCACAAGACAUUGGAAUCAGCACAAGCCAUGAUAAUGUGGCUAACGCAGAAGCUCUAGGAGCUACACCAGAGAAAGAGAAGAAAACAAAGAAGAAGAAGAAAAAUAAGAGCGUUGCUGCUGUUAGUCCAACGCCUGAGAUAUUGGUGGACUGCCUACUUGACAAGACCAACCGAAAUACCAAAGAUGAGAGCAAUAUGGAGCUUGAUCCAUGGAGUUUUUCAGUGCGGGAAAAGCGCAAAGCGGAGAAUAAGAAAUCGGACGUUAAACCUUCAGCAUCUGGAUCGCCGAGUGGUGAUCUAACUGAUACUCAUAAUCAGGAAGCAGCGGCUGAUGAGUAUAAGAUGGCACGGUUUGAGGAUGAGGGAUGGAGUUUUUGGGGGCUUGGAAAGAAUAAGAGGGCCGAAAACAAUACCGCAACGGCAGGUCAAGAGUCUGUUCUACCAUUGCCCCUACCUCCACGUGAUCCUAAAGUGCUAGGUAUACAGAUAGAUAGCGGACUCGCAUGA